CACCUUACAAUUCCCGCAUUCUCAAACACAAAUUUCAUUUCUCACACUCACUCUCUCUCUCGCGCGCUCUCUCUGUCUCUCUCUCUCUCUCGCGCGCUCUCUCUGUCUCUCCCCAUUUGGCUCACUCUCUCCAUUUGGGGAUUUUUUGGUUCCGUAACCUAAUCCUCAAAUCCUCAUACUCAGAGGGUCGUUUGUCAUAAUUAGUUUGUGGGAUUUUUAUUACAUCACUUUUUGACUCAGAAAGUUUCGAUUUUUUCUUAUUAUCUCUUUUGGGUUGGGAAAUUUGAUUUCUCUAAUUUCUCAAAUUAGGGUUUUUGUUGUGGGUUUUUUGUUUUGACUGUAAAAGAUUAAAUUUUUAGUGUUGGGUAAUCAAGAUUCUUGUUUUUGGGUAAAAGAUUAUCUCAGAGGGUCGAUUGUCAUAAUUAGUUUGUGGGAUUUUUAUUACAUCACUUAUUGACUCAGAAAGUUUCGAUUUUUUCUUAUUAUCUCUUUUGGGUUGGGAAAUUUGAUUUCUCUAAUUAGGGUUUUUCUUAAAUCGUUGAAUUUUGUUGUGGGUUUUUUGUUUUGACUGUAAAAGAUUAAAUUUUUAGUGUUGGGUAAUCAAGAUUCUUGUUUUUGUGCUCUUUGUUCUAUUCCGAUCGAUAUGGGUUGGGUUUCAGAAUCUGCUACUGCUGAUGCUUUCAGUGAAAUGAUGUCAUCCAUGCCUGGUUUUCGAUUUCAUCCUACAGAUGAGGAGUUGGUGAUGUACUAUCUGAAAAGGAAGAUUUGUGGGAAGAUGUUGAAAUUCAAUGUGAUUUGUGAAACUGAUGUUUACAAAUGGGAUCCUGAGGAUUUGCCUUAUCAAUCUUUCCUGAAAACUGGAGAUAGGCAAUGGUUCUUUUUCUGUCACAGAGAUAGGAAGUAUCCUAAUGGUGGAAGGUGUAACCGAGCAACUACACAUGGAUACUGGAAAACAACAGGAAAAGAUAGGAAUGUGAUGUUUAAUUCUCGGUUGGUUGGAGUUAAAAAGACACUGGUUUUCUAUUUAGGCCGAGCUCCUAACGGCGAACGAACUGAUUGGGUUAUGCAUGAAUACACUAUGGAUGAAGAAGAGCUUAAGAGAUGCCAUGAUGUUAAGGAGUGUUAUGCACUUUACAAGUUGUUCAAGAAAAGUGGACCUGGUCCUAAGAAUGGCGAACAAUAUGGUGCGCCAUUUAAAGAAGAAGAUUGGUUAGAUGACAAUGUUGUAGAUUUUAAUGUUAAAUCAGCUCAGCUGGAGGCUCCAAAGGAUGAUGUUCUUAACCCUUUUACUGAUCAGCCACAACAAUUGGCUGUUGUUAAUGCUUUUACCGAUCAGCAGCAGCCGUUGUUUGGUGAUGACAUUGAUGAAUUCUUUAACGGGGCUUUUGAUGUCUCGCCUGUCCUUGACCAGCAAUAUAUUACCGAUCAGCAGCAGCCGUUGUUUGGUGAUGACAUUGAUGAAUUCUUUAACGGGGCUUUUGAUGUCACGCCUGUCCUUGACCAGCAAUAUAUUACCGAUCAGCAGCAGCCGUUGUUUGGUGAUGACAUUGAUGAAUUCUUUAACGCGGCUUUUGAUGUCGCGCCUGUCCUUGACCAGCAAUGUAUUAUUGGUUAUACCGAAUUUCCUCAGCUGUGUGAUAUUCAACAAAGUGUGGUCAUGGGUCAAUUUUAUCUGUAGCAUACCUCCUCUAGUGGAUAAACUGUUAAUAUUGAUAGUUAGAAAAACAGAUUAACUGUUGCUUACUAGACAAUUAACAGUUUUGGGACUAACCAACUUUAGGAGUCAGUUAGAUUUGUUAUCCUUUGUAACUACCUCCAAGUUAGUUAGUUUAGAUUACAAGCACUCUCCUAUAUAUACUUGUAAUUACUGUUGUAAAGAUUCAGUUUUGGUGAAUAAUUUUUUUUUCCCUGU